GUUGUAGAUUUGCUUACUAAAAGAAAGAACUAUGGGAAAAAUGGGUCGUGGAGUCAGUGCAGGUGGUGGACAGAGUUCUUUAGGCUACUUAUUUGGAAAUGGAGAGAGUGGCAAUGGUACCCAAGGUACUCCAAACCAGGAGCAAGCCACGCACAAUCAGCCUUCUCAGAAGCCUGCAUCAUCUUCUCCGGCAGUUGAUAAGCAGAUUCCAGCAGGCAUUCAUGGAAAUCUUACUAACAAUUACUUCAGAGCAGAUGGGCAAAACUGUGGUAACUUCAUCACGGACCGACCAUCUACUAAGGUCCAUGCUGCCCCUGGUGGCGGAUCUUCUCUGGGUUACCUCUUUGGUGGCGGUGGCAGUGGCGGAAACUAAUUCCUAACUGCACGGAGAUGGAUAAGCUGUCGAGUGCAAUUUGAUUUAAUUUCAUAACUCAGAAAAAUUAGUAUUCAAACAUCCUGAAAUGGACUUGAUCUUGAGUGCAAUUUGAUUUAAUUUAGAAGUAUUGCCUUGGUGGGAGUUGUUGUUGUUGGAUAAUAGUUAUGAAUCUUUUUCAUCAAAAGCAGUUGCUUGAUGAAUUGAUUUAUUCUAUAUUUUGUAUGAUUUACAUGUUGAUUGCUACUGUCAUUUUGUAUGAUAAAUUUUAAUAAAUUUUAGCAUCAAAAUGUGUCUUUGAAAGCUCAAAGAUAAAUUGAAAGAUGAUGACACUUAAACCAAGAUAAGAAGAUUGAUGAUAGAGGUGUGAGCAUAUUUUACAUAUUU